AUGGAUAAUUUGUAUCGGGCUCUUCGACUGAGGAUGUCCUCAAAGAGGAAGUCGCCACCAACGAAGCUAUCGGAGGGCGGGGGCGGUGCGGGUACAGUGGCAGGGGCCAACGAGGAGGAGGAAGACACUACCUCGCCGGUGGCCGGUCCCGGUGCGGGCGAGGCUGCCGUCGUCGUCGUCGGUGAGGAGGGCGCCGCCACCCCCGUCGACAUCGAGGAGUGCUACUCGCAUCAGCGAGGCGGCGAGUGCGAGUCGUCCGGCUGUUCCUCGCCGGCGACGACCAGCGAGCCGGAUCUGCGCGACUCGCCGUCACCCUCGUUGAAUUCCCUGCGGACCGCCAAGCGACAGAGGUUGCUGUACCUGUCCAGCCAGGAGACCCUCACCCCGUAUCAUCCUCAUCACCAUCACCACCAUCACCAUCACCAUCACCAUCACCACACGAAUACGUCGUCGUCGUCGGGCGGCGUAGUGGAACCGGCGAGUUCCUCGGAGUGCGGCUCGCCGCCCACCCUCCUCUCUGUCGACACCUACUACUCCCAUCAUCCCCAUCACAACAACAACAACAACACCGUAACGCAAAACAACAACAACAACGGCAGCGGCACCGCCGCUGCCGGUAGCAAGAGGUCCAUGGACGACGUUCUGAAAAGGCUGACGUGCAAGAUGAAUAGCGAGUCCCUGUCGAUCCAGGACGACACCACUACUACUACCACCACCAACACCACCACCACCAUUAAUACCAGGCGGACGUCACCGCCGCUCUCCUCCACGCCGACUGGCCACAAUGCGCAUAGUGGAGGCGCAACCACCGUGGCGAAUAACGUGGCGCUCUCGUCCCCGGAUGCCGGAAGGAUAUCAAACACGGAGGCGCAAGUGCAGCAGGACGGCGUGGCGGCCCUUCACAGGGUCCUCUGCGGCGAGAGCGUGGCCGAGAAGGAGCGCCGGGUGUCGGAAAUGAUUCUACAGCUACAGCUGAUCAGGGAGCAAUUGUUGCAACAGCAGGAUCAGCCGAAGACGUCGUAUCCCGCACACAUGACGGUCGCAGACUCGCAGAAGCAAAUCGAGAUGCAGCGGCUGCAGACGGAGCACCUGAAGCGCCAGCAGCAGGAGCACAUCAUGCAGCACAACAUCCAGGAGCUGCAGGCGCAGAUGACGAAGAGCCAGCUGGGCAUGUCGGGGAUGUUCCUACCGUUCUUCGAGCAGCUCAGGGGGCUGCCCGUGCAGUCGCCCAUGCCGCUGCCGCCGGCCACGUCCACCGCCACCACUGGCAACAAGCAUAUCAACUCCAUCGCCAAUAUGAUCAGCGGCCACCGGGAGGGCCCGAGCUGGGCGACCGCGCACCUCGCGCAGAUGACCACGCAGCUGGAGAAGGAAUCGCCGUCGCCGGCACCAAUCUCGUCCGCGGUUGCGCCCACGGCGCCGCCGCUCCAGGACCUCGACGCGCCGCUCAACCUCACGAAGCCGAAGUCGACGUCGUCGGGUGCGACCGCGUCUUCCUCGUCGCCCGGAAGCGACUCGCACUCGACCGGCGCCGGAAGCAGCGGCCAGCAGGAGCAACCGUUAGCGGCGACCGCGCCCAAGCUGUUCCCGCCAGGUCUGCCGAUACCGCGGAAUUACCUGCCGACCCUCCCCUACGCCGGCUUGCCGCCGCAUCUCAGCACUUUGUCUUCGCCGAUGGGCAAAGUAAUGGGCAAAGACGAAGCCGGUGGACCCGGUGGAUCUGUGGCGGCUGCUGCGGUCGCAGCCGUGGAGAAGCACUUCGCGAUGCACGGGCUCUACGGAUUGCCGCCGAGUGCAGGUGCGAUGCCACCGUCGGCCCAGACUCAAAGACCGAUCAAGCAUUCUGGCUCUCGAGAGGAGACACCUCAGGAAGAGCAAGACUUCCUCUCGUCGUCUCACAUGUGGCGAGAUCCGACGUAUAAAGUAGCGGAAGACAUAACGGAAAAAGCUAAAAUGGUGAGGCAGCAAAAAAGGGAGAGUGAGAACAAACCGCAUAUCAAACGACCUAUGAACGCAUUUAUGGUCUGGGCCAAGGACGAGCGUAGAAAGAUCUUGAAAGCCUGCCCGGACAUGCACAAUUCGAACAUAUCGAAAAUUCUCGGCGCCCGGUGGAAGUCGAUGUCGAAUUCGGAGAAGCAGCCGUACUAUGAGGAACAGUCGCGGCUAUCAAAGCUGCACAUGGAGAAGCAUCCGGACUACAGGUACCGGCCGCGGCCGAAGCGCACGUGUAUCGUCGACGGCAAGAAGAUGCGCAUCUCCGAGUACAAGUCACUGAUGCGGCAGCGGCGGCAGGAGAUGCGGCAGCUCUGGUGUCGGGACGGUGGCGCCGAGAUGAACUUCCUGUCGCCGGUGGGCGCCGAUAUGGCCGGCGCGCAGCAUCAUCCGGCUGCAGGCGCUGGCCCGUCAGCACGGCCGUCGGUCUCGCCUCCGGCGACGAUGUUAAACGGCGGCGGUGCGGGUCCGAGCUCGGACCAUCCGUCGUUUUACUAUCCGCAGGAUAGUCUCUCGCCCACAGACAUGAUGAACUUCUCGCCCGAGAAUUCCGGCUCGAUCGGCGGCUACGACGCGAGUCCGCGGCACCACGACGAGGAUUGAACCGUGGCUCCGGGUCAGCCACUCUGGCCGCCCGGAGCGUCAUCAUCGUCAUCGUCGUCAUCGGUCACCGCGGCGGCAGCGGCGGCGGCCGCAGCGGCCGCAGUCGCGGCUUCCACGUCGCGGCUCGCUCAUGAGCUCUUCUGGUAACCGGAAGUUUGCGGUCCGGCCUCGGUGUGCCCGCUGUCUUCCGAAUCGUACGCGACGUCCGUGCGAAAAAAUAAACGCAAGACUGCAAAGAUGCGUUCGGAUUGCGAGCGCGCCGCUUUCCGGUGGAAGAGGAGCGUGCCGAAACCUCGCCGGAGGUUGUGAUAUAACGUUCCAUCUCUGUGCCAUCGUACACGAAGGACCUAAGGUAGCGAAGCCGGAGGCACCGAUGGCGCAGCCACUUGCUCGGAUCCAUCGUCACGUCGCUCGAUCGUGUUGAUGAUUGUUGAUGAUCGGGGAGACGUCGGUUGUCCUCCGCGAAUUUCUAAACGAUGCAGAAACGGUGCAUCAUGUGCUCAGACAGUCGAAUAGUUAAACGAACGACGAAAUUUUGAAAACUACCUUCGCCACGGCUAAUCGAGUUUACCUUUAUGCGUCGGCAGAAACUUGACAAUCCGUUCUCGGUAUUAUAAUUCGCAUGAUUUUCGCGGUUUUUCUUCAAGACACUGCCACUACUUGUUUCCAUUUCUUAGGCAGAGCAAAUUCUCUUUUAAAUGCAUUGUAAAUUCGCAAUUUCAAGCCGAAGCAACGCAUGAACGACGUAGCAGAACCCUCGUCUGAUAGACGUCGCAUUCUUCCUCAGACAAGCGUUUUCCCUCCGAUUUCUUCAUUCACAUCGACACACGAGCGACACCGGAGGGGCACGUUCACGCACGUGGCCGCCGUCACGCAUGUCGGCGUACCUCCCCGCACCUUUGCGCGUCGCACAAUCAAAACCGCAGUCCACACGGAAAUUCACGACGGACCUCGACGAGCGCGAGGGCACGCGAACUCGCGCGAUACUUUCCAGGGACAAUCGCGUGUCGCGCUGGUUCGGGGGAUCCGCGCGAUGGUUACGCAAUCAUCGUGAACCUCCGUCUUACCCUGGACGUAGAUAUCCACGUACACAUAACGCGAUGACACGAUAUACGGCCAAAAAGUUGUUCCUAUACCUUCUAGUGUGUGUGUGCAUGUGCAUGUAACAAUGCGCGCCGAUAUGAGAGAAGCGGAACGAAGACAGAAACGUAAAAAGCAAACGAAAAAGCUAGAUAAAGAAACGAGAAGAAACGCAUGAGUAAUGAACUGGUCCCUCGCAGCAUCCCCUGCACGGCACCUUCAUCUCGCGACCGCCCCGCAGUCACGCAAUUGUCCACCAAUAAUAAUGUAAUAAAACCACCGACGACUCCACGUUCGACGCGCCGAACGAACGUCGGAACGAGAGUGAGAGGAAGCUGGGGAAGACGACCCGGCCGCGCGAUCGAUCUCGCGCGUAGACGCGCGUCGCGGCUUCGUUCAAUGUAAAAAUGCCUAGUACUUAUAGUAUUUUCAUCGUUAAUUUAUUGACUGUAAAUGUAGAAGAAACGGCGGACACGCAACCGCGAGACGGGUAAGAAAGGGUAAGUCGCGAUUGAGCCAGGGGGAUGGGUACAGGGGCGAGAAGAGGGGCGACACGAUGCAAUAAGAUGGACACGGGAGAAUAAUAACGUCGAUAUGUUAGUACAACGUUACGGUAAAAUCGCGGAUGGGAUUACCACGGGGUGACACGCGCUCAUCGCGACAGUAAAAUCCACAAUCGCGCUUUAUCAGUUGCGGCCGACGUUCUCUGGUAGCGUGACACAGCGACGACGUCGCGUUACGUUACGUUUCACCGAAUUACGUUCUCGCGAAUGAGGGAUGAUGAUCGCGCGUACAUCCGAGAACGAGGGGAAGACGGGAAUCGACUGGGAGAAACCGCUACGGACUACGGUGCGAGCCGAUGCGAGAGGCGAGCACGCGGUCGUUACGGUAGGCAGCGUAGCCAAGCUGCGAGACGAUCGGGAUAGAGCGGUCUAAUAUGAUUUCGGAGCUCGAUGUGAUAAUACUUAUGUGCCAAAUAGCGUUUUCGCGGGCCGGGGGGUCGGGGGGUCGAUUAGAGCGGAGGGGUCCCCCCCGGUUCCGAGUCGCCUCGUUGGCUCGACGUGAAGCGAAUAUCUUCGCGUCUCCUCCUCUACCUUCCUUUUCUUUUUUCACGUUCUCUUUCUCUCUCUCUCUCUCUCUCCUUUUUCUCCUUUUCCUCGUCUCUCUCUCUUCUCCUAUUUUUUGUUAUUUAUAAUCAGUGCAAUUACGUACACGCGGUACCUAAUAUAAUUUUAUAAAGAGAGCCAGUAUCCUCGAUGUGCUGUGUCUGCACCCGUUUCGUUGGGGCUCGACCGGCGUCAGAUUAGGGUAUAGCUUAAUGUUGAUAAUAAUUUAUUUUAUGUAUAUAAUGGAUUUGUACAAUGUGUCGGGGGGAAGCGGACUAAUCGCGCGGCAUCCGACACGAGCGCCAAUAAUUAUUAAUGUACAGUGUAACUAUAUUGUGAUGUAUAUCUACGUAGCUACAUUAUAUAUGUAAUUAUUCGAGAUAUGUAGAUUAACGAAAUGUUAAACGCGACGCAUAUUCUUCUUUUCAUUGUCAUUAUUAUCUUUAUUAAUUAUUAUUAUUAUUAUUAUCAUUAUUAUAAAUGUUACGUUAGUAUUGAUAUCGUCGUUGCUUACUUAGUGCUAUUAUUUAAGUGAUCUUACUAUUUUUAAUAGUGAAGAAGGUUGUACGUGCCAGUUUAGACAAGAACGGCAAGUAGAAUUAAUCGUUGAUCGUUUUACGCUCGAAUACUCAAAAAUCGAAUUGCGACCUUGUCACCUUGUUUUGCGUAGUGCACAUUGUUUCCUUGAACUCGAAUCGCCUUCGGCGUGAUUUUGUGAUCGUUUCAGAAUGUCAGUUUUUUUUAUCAGUUUUUAACUUUUUUUCUCUCUUUUGCUUUAAAGAAUUUUAUAUUUCGAGAUGUGUGAUUCUCUAGAGCGAUUUUCUUUAUCGUCGAUUUCCAAAGAUGAACUUUGUGAAAUUUGUUUCUCCCUUAUUCAUCUCGCUGUCGGAUGAUUAGCAGCCUACCGUUUAAUUGGAAGACUAUAGAUGUUUCGCGUAAAAGAUCUGUUUGCAUCUUGCAUUUCUUUUCGAUUGUGCCAUACCCUUCAUUAUCGCGAGUAAUUCGAUUAAUUCGAAGAAGAGUUUGAUUGCUGCCACGCUUUGUGAGGAAUUUUGUGAGAUCGAGCCGUUUUGUGAUGACAGCGGUCACACGUGCAAUAGAGCUGGGCCGGCGUCUCGCUUCUUAAGGUCCCAUUAACGUUUCGUCGGACGUAGUGUUUGUUUUGGCAAAAAUUGGUUCUGCAUUCCAUCGAUUGCGACUUCUCGAGUUAUCUCGAUUAUUAUCUCCGUUGAAAUCUGCUUACGAUAUUUGCAGGCGCGAUCUCUUCACUUCCACGGGUGUCACGGACAUUACGCGAUAAUCCCUCAGCACACGCGAUUAAUUUACUGGCCUUCACAUGCAACCAAUGCGAAUGCAAACUGUAAGAAUAGUAAAUUGUAAAUCGAAUUACACAGCUACUAAUAUUAUAGUAUAUUUAACGUAAAGGAAAAAAAAGUGAACACACACUAACAUCCGCUCUCAAUAUUCCAAGCAUUCACUUCAUUUACAUGUACACGUUGUUGUUAAUGGUAUAAAAAAAAUAUAUAUAUAUUAUAUAUAAUAAAAAUAUAACGCUUUACCGAAAUUCAAUCUUAUAGUUUUAGGUAUACGACACUAUUUCUAGAUGAAAACUUGUAUGUAUGAGGGAUGUACAUAGCUAUGCAGUACUAGUGCACACAAGUGAGGAAACGGAAGCGGAGUGAGCGAGAGAGUGAACGAGAGCGAGGAAGCGAGAAAGAGAGAGUGCAUGUGUGUGUGCGGGUGCAUGUACACGUGAGCAAGAGAGAAAGAUAAAAGAAUAUAAAAGCAGUCAGAGUCGCACGUGUGGAUGGAACGAGAUUCUCGCGAUCAUCUUAACACUAUUCGUGUCGUGAUCGUGGUACACUAUAUCGGGUAUCAAUAGCGUAAAAUCAAAAUAUAUAUAUACAUUUAGGACGAUGGGUAAAUCGCUACUCUCUCUCUCUUUUUCUCUUUCUCUCUCUCCCUUUCUCUGGUAACGCUACUUUGAGUUUUAUUUAUUGUGAAAAAAAAAAGAACAAGUCUGUCGCGGCUGAAGUGUUAAGAUGAGCGUACAAAAGCAUUAUGGUAGAACAAAGGAAAAGUCAUUUUUCGGAGCGCGCAGUAAUCUGUAGUAGUCCAAUUGUCCAAUAAUGCCCAGACAUUCGUGCUUACCGUAAACGAGAAAUCGAGAUGCACCUG